AUGGCCGAACUGAACCGCAAAACUGCCGCGGAGGAGGGAAAUGGGGAAAUAAAUCCGGUGGAUCUCUGGCAAUGCUGGAAGGAGGAGGCGGCGGGCUACGAGCGCGUCCUGGAGCUGGACGUGAAGCUGGGGCAGGUGAGCAUCCGAAACCCCCGCGCCUCCCCGGGGGAGCUGCCCAAGACCUUCACCUUCGAUGCCGUCUACGACGCCAGCUCCAAGCAGGCGGACCUCUACGACGAGACGGUCCGGCCGCUGAUAGACUCCGUGCUGCAGGGCUUCAACGGCACCAUCUUCGCCUACGGCCAGACCGGGACCGGCAAGACCUACACCAUGCAGGGGGCCUGGGCGGAGCCGGAGAAGCGGGGCAUCAUCCCCAUCUCCUUCGAGCACAUCUUCACCCACAUCUCCCGCUCCCAGAACCAGCAGUACCUGGUGAGGGCCUCGUACCUGGAGAUCUACCAGGAGGAGAUCAGGGACCUCCUCGCCAAGGACCAGAGCAAGAAGCUGGAGCUGAAGGAGAACCCCGAGACGGGGGUGUACAUCAAGGACCUCUCCUCCUUCGUGACCAAGAACGUCAAGGAGAUCGAGCACGUGAUGAACCUGGGGAGCCAGACACGGUCCGUGGGCAGCACCAACAUGAACGAGCACAGCUCCCGCUCCCACGCCAUCUUCCUCAUCACCAUCGAGUGCAGCGAGACGGGGCCGGAUGGCGAGGAGCACAUCCGCGUGGGCAAGCUCAACCUGGUGGACCUGGCCGGCAGCGAGCGCCAGAGCAAAAUGGGGGCCCACGGAGAACGCCCCAAGGAAGCGUCCAAGAUCAACCUCUCCCUCUCCGCCCUGGGCAACGUCAUCUCUGCCCUCGUGGACGGCAAGAGCACGCACAUCCCCUACCGGGACUCCAAGCUGACUCGCCUGCUGCAGGACUCCCUCGGGGGCAAUGCCAAGACAAUCAUGGUGGCCACCUUGGGCCCAGCCUCUCACAGCUACGACGAGAGCCUCUCCACCCUCAGGUUUGCCAACAGGGCCAAGAACAUCAAGAACAAGCCCCGGGUGAACGAGGACCCCAAGGACACCUUGCUGCGGGAGUUUCAGGAGGAGAUCGUCCGGCUGAAAGCCCAGCUGGAGAAACGCGGCAUGCUGGGAAAGAAGAGGAGAAGGAGCAGCCGGAGGAAGAAAGCGGUGGAUGGAGAAAGCGCCGUGGAGAAUGAAGGGGAGGACGACAACGAGGACGGCCUGGAGAAGAACAUGGAGAAUUACUUGAAGGAGCAGAAGGAGAGACUGGAAGAGGAGAAAGCCGCUAUCCAGGAUGACCACAGCCUGGUGAGUGAGGAGAAGCAGAAGCUGCUGCAGGAGAAGGAGAAGAUGAUAGAGGAUCUGCGGAAGGAGCAGGAGGCCACAGAGCUGCUGGCCACCAAGUACAAGGCGAUGGAGAGCAAGCUGCUCAUCGGCGGCAGGACCAUCGUGGACCACACCAACGAGCAGCAGAAGAUGCUGGAGCUGAAGCGGCAGGAGAUAGCUGAACAGAAACGCCGGGAGCGGGAGAUGCAGCAGGAGAUGUUGCUGCGGGACGAGGAGACCAUGGAGCUGCGGGAGACUUACACCUCCCUGCAGCAGGAGGUGGAGAUCAAAACCAAGAAGCUGAAGAAGACGCGGGAGCUGAAGCUCAAGUACUUGAUCAUCGAGAACUUCAUCCCACCAGAAGAGAAGAACAAGAUCAUGAACCGCCUGUACUUCGACGGUGAGGAGGACCAGUGGAAGUUCCAGCCGCUGGUGCCCACCGGAGGAAACAGCAACCAAAUGAAGAAGCGGCCUACCUCUGCGGUGGGGUACAAGAGACCCAUCAGCCAAUACGCCCGCGUGGCCAUGGCCAUGGGAUCUCAUCCUCGGUACCGGGCUGAGAACAUCAUGUUCUUGGAGCUGGACCUCUCCCCUCCGGCCAUCUUCGAGUUUGAGCGGAGCAGGGACCCGGCAGAGCAGGACCCCCGGGCUCUCCACCUGGAGAGGCUGAUGCACCUGGACAGCCUCCUGGAGCGGCCGGCGGCCUCCCGGGUGAGGAAGUCCCGCUCCUGGUGCCAGACGCCGCGGUCACUGCCAUCCUCAACCACGCAUGCCUCCCUCACCUCCAGCUCCCCGCGCGCCGCCACGAUGCCAGCUCAGGAGUGA